AUGCCGUCAACCCUGAUUGGUGAGAGGAAAUGUGAGUCACUAGUGGGAACCAAUCAGAACUCUCUAGGGCACAGGGAAUAUGGAAAUUUACUUACAUGGGGGAUUAGUAUNAUCAUUACAAGCUUUGACGAUUUCGAAACGCGUCUAUCGGACCUCCUCGAAAACAAUGUGUGCUCCAUCUUCUCAAACCUAAAAAGGAAUAUCUCCAGAUGUGGAAAAGCAGUGUCGGAGUACAGAAAGAACUUACUCAAGACGCUAUCAAGCUUGUUGCCGGUUGUGAGAAGUGGUGAUGAAGUAGAAAAGAUCCUUACCGAUGUCCUUGACAAAGUUGCCUCAUCUCCGUUUCAUCAGACCUACCUCUCGUCGUGGAUCAGUGGAAAAGAGAAAGAGGUGAAACUAUUGUCCACUUACUUGGAAUAUCUAAAAGAAGUCCAGCUGGUAUUGUCAUUGGAAGACCUUGACAGUGUGGUCGAUUCAUUGGAGUACGAUCGGGUUGUUUGCUUUUCCCUGGUGCCAGUCAGUAAUCAAGACGACUUAGUUGAAGAGAUGUACGACUUCUUGCGAACUGGUAGCUGGAAGCAAGAUCGUCAUCUUGCUACACAACCAUGGUUCGAGGUAGAAAAAAGAAGAAAACAACAACAACCGUGGUUUGAAAAUCCUGAAGUAAUUAAUGAUAUCAAAUCUAAGGCAAGAAAUUUCAGAGGCUUUGCAAAGGAAAAUGAACACGAUGGAAACGUCAAAUUCAUCUUCACCAAUAUUCAGAAGAGUGCGGGCGAGAACGUUGUCACGAUUCAAAUGUAUGAAGAUGGUCAUGCAACAGAUUUUGAGCCUCCUGGUAAACCUGAAAAGCCUUAUGCAACAAAGAAGAGUGAUUCUAGCAUUACUCUAGAAUGGAUGGUAUCACCACAUGAAAGAAGUUCUGUCCAAACGUACACUGUGCACUUUCGACCUGCUGUUAGCGAUUCAAGUGGAGAACCCGGGGAAGAAUGGACGUCUGUGCGGACAGUGGGACCAGAGAGAUAUAUCACAGUGGAUGGACUGCAAACGAAGACGGCGUACGUGUUCAAGGUGAACAGCGAUUGUAAGGCUGGUAGGAGUACUCCAAGUGACAUCAGUGACCACAUUGUUAUUGAAGAACCUGUUUACGAUCGUCCUCAAACUGCGAGCUCGUCGAAUGGAUCAGAUCUGCUCCAGAAUGUGCAGAAGCCUCCUGAGAAAAGACGAAAUGGUGCAUCCGCGGGCUGUAAAGCAUCAACUAGCAAUGGCACAGCGGUUUCUGCUCCCUGUCGUCUAGCUGAAUGUAUGCUCUCUUCCUCUAAGAAGAUUGCAAGUGACUCUCCAUCAGUUUACAAGCUUCGGACGAAAGUGGUUAUGAGACGGAGGAACAGCAUGAUUGCAAGACAAAACAUCGGUAUGCCUAAACACGCCACGAGAAUGCUUACCGAAAAGGUCCUUAUGGUAGUAGGGGCAACAGGAGCUGGUAAAACGACUCUAAUCAACGGCAUGGUGAACUACAUCUUGGGAGUAGAGUGGAAGGACGACUUCCGAUUCAAACUAAUCGUAGAAGACAGCAGAGCAUCACAAGCUAACAGUCAGACAAAAAGCAUCACCGCUUACACGUUUUACCCUAUGGAAGGCUCAACAAUUCCCUAUAAAUUCACCAUCAUUGACACUCCAGGCUUUGGCGACACGGAGGGAUUGAGGCGAGACAAGGUUAUCACCAAUCAGAUAAAGGAAUUCUUUUCCAUAGCACCCCCAAAUGGGAUUGAUCACCUCGAUGGUGUUGGUUUCGUAACCCAAGCCUCCCUAGCCCGCCUUACUCCGACACAAGAGUACAUCUUUGACUCCGUUUUGUCUAUAUUUGGAAAUGAUGUUUCCCAAAACAUUUUCCUGAUGCUCACGUUUGCAGAUGGCCAGCACCCACCUGUACUGGAUGCCAUUAGGAAAGCAAAUAUUCCAUGUGAGAAGUAUUUCAAAUUCAACAACUCAGCGCUAUUUGCGAAAAAUGCAGAAACUGACGAGAGUUUCGAUGCAAUGUUUUGGAAGAUGGGCUUUCGUUCUUUCCAAAGCUUUUUUGCUGAGUUUACAAAAUCGGAAAGCGUAAGUCUUCGCCUUACUAAAGAGGUUUUAAAAGAAAGAGAGCAGUUGCAAACCCUCCUUGAAGGUCUGAACCCGCAAAUAACCGUGGGUCUCAACAAGAUUGAAGAGAUGCGUCAGGAGGAGCUCAUUCUGCAACAUCACGAAAUGGAGAUCGAAACUAACAAGGAGUUCACAUAUACAGUGGACAUUUCCAAACCACGUCAGAUUGACCUCAAAGGUACUGGAAGGCACACAACGACUUGUCUUCGCUGCAACUUCACAUGUCACAAAGACUGUAUGUAUGCAAAUGACAGCGAUAAGCGCUCAUGCUGCGCUAUGGGGCGAGAUGGCAACUGUACAGUCUGCACAAUGCAUUGCCUCUGGUCAGAGCACAGGAAUCUUCCUUAUCUGAUUGAGUACGAGACUGUGACCGAGACGAGGACGUCAGAUGACCUGAAGAAAAAGUAUGAAAAAGCUGUCUCAGGCAAAUCUAGAGUGGAGGGCAUGAUUGUUCAACUUGAGGAGUUUCUUCAAAGUGUGCAUUCACGCGUUAUGAGUAUGAUUUACCAAGCCCAACAAAGUCUUUUCCGCCUUGAUGAGAUUGCCCUGAAACCCAACCCACUGACAGAGGUGCAAUACCUAGAUCUACUUAUUGAGUCAGAGAAGAACGAGGCCAAACCUGGUUGGAAGCAGCGGGUAGAAUAUUACGAAGAGGCCAGACGUCAAGCUGAAAUUUUGUCCAAAGUCAAAGAUGUCCAGGCAGCUCAAAAGGAGAUUAAAGAGAAGGCUCGCAAGGGAGACAGAUGGUAUCAUAGAUUCAAGUUCUGGUGACUUCACCGGUAUAGUAAAGGGCUUCGCAUUUCUAAUUAACACUUUCUUUGCACAGCUGCUUGCAUGGAAAAACUGAGAUUUAGGAAUCAAGUUUGCCAAACCGCAAUUUUGGAACAGUGUGAUUUUCCAGACUAUUAAUUAACAUGAUUAAGUUGCACAAACAUUUGACUCCACUAUUCGUAGUUUACCGUAGCUUGUUUGAUUAAGGUGCACAUAUCUUAGAUUGCACGAUUUCGAAAUGUCAUUUAUAUAAGACUGUAUUGUAGAGCGGUCAUGCCUUUUAGUUCGCGUAAUAGCCCAUUGAUGGUCGAUCUCAGCCUCCGGGUGCUUAAUUACCGCUGGUAGAGAAUCGCACGGCAAAUGGAAAACAAGAUUGCUGCCUAAGUACACGUAAUUAGGACAUUACGUUUUUGACCAAGCAUUAUAUGCACUUGUGUAGGCACGUCUCGAGGCGCGUCUGGCCUCUAGCUUAGGAAAACAGGCGACGCUUUGUUAACACAUCUAUGAUAUCGCGGUGUACGUGUUGCCCUGCUGAAUAGCUCUUACCUGUAUUUUUUCAUCAGGUUGCAAAAGUCAAAUCUAAUGUCUUAUUGAUCGUGGCUACCGCGUCAUUAGUGCUACCUUUUGUAUCUUUUCCAAAGGGUUUUGCUGUUUUGGUAUGUACUUCGGUACUUUAUUUGAAUUCUUUGCGGAUAUUCUAAUUUGAUUUUAGAAGUCAGAACUGACGGAAGAUUACAGUAUUUCUAACCUGGUUCAUAAAUAGCGCACGCAUUAUAGUACCUAUGAAUAUUUUAUGCCUAUACUAUCAGUUACUUAUGAUACAAUUCUUGUUCUAUUACGACUCAGAUUUAAAAGUCAGGUUACUCUUCCAGAGUAUUCAUAUAUUGUUUGAAAUACAAUUUUCGCCGAAUCGAUUCAGAUUUCAUUUACCUUACUAUGUUUUAAUCACUGAUCACUUUGAUCACUGAUCUUGCAUUAUUAUUGGUUUUUGUCUAUACAAAUACAUUGUCUUCGUUUGAGAUAUAACCAGCUUAACAAAUGAAGUGAAUGUUUGAAUGGUGUGUC